AUGAAAAAGCAAAUGCAAAUGCAAAUAUAGGAUUGAGGACCAAAGCGUGGGGUCUCUUAAUUUCACCUCUUUGCAGAGACCUCCCACAUUUGGGACUACGUUCCUCUCUUUAAUUAGUCUCUACAUCCCUCUUUUGGCUACUAUUUGUGUUCAUCAUCCUUUAGGAUUUCUGAAGGGGAGCUUGGAGCAGCGGUAAAAUUGUCUCCAUGUGACAUAUAGGUCUUGGGUUCGAGCCGUGAAUGUAGCCACGAAUGCUUGCAUUACGGUAAGUUGUCUACAUCACACCCUUCAGGUGCGACCCUUCGCCCGGACUUAGCGUGAAUGCAAAAUGCUUUGUGCACCGAGUUACCUUUAUAUCCUUUAGGAUUUCUGGUCCAAAAAGGGAAAACUAGAGGUUGUUCUAAAGAACCGAUGCACUAAGCUCCCGCUAUGCGCUGGUUCCGUUGAAGGUUCGGACCAAAAGAGAGUAUUGUACACAGGCUUCGCUACAUUUCUGCAAGAGGCUGUUUCCAUGGCUCGAACUCGCGACCUCCUGGUCACAUUGCAACAACUUUAGCAGUUAUGCCAAGGUUCCUCUUCAGAGAUAUUUCUUUAGAAAUGGAAAGUUCAAAUGGAUCAUCAAGCUUGAAAAAUUUCUCCUUUUCAAACAAGCAGUUGAUCAUGGACUCCACUUCAGAGGGAUCGGGUCACCAUCAUCGGUGUAACUCGGAGAGCUUUCUUAUAGAGGAGCAACCUUCUUGGCUUGAUGACCUUUUGAAUGAACCGGCAGAAACAGUAGCUGUACACAAAGGUCAUCGCCGUUCAGCUAGCGACACUUUUGCGUACGUAGGAGCAGCUGCAGAGAGGUUAAACACAAGGGAAAAUAACAACAAUGUAAAUGUAGGAGGAUCUUCAAUCAACUACGUCAGUUACAAAGAUCAUUUUACUUCAGUUUCCUACGACACAAAGCCAACUUCUGCUAAGGCUGCUCUGGAAUUGAAUGAGAAGCAUAGCAGAGAGGUCAUAAGUACACAAAACAAAGAGGGCUCUAAUGAAAGAUCAAACAAUACACAAGCCAAACAUUCCAUGUCCAAGGCUGAUGCAAAACGUGCUAAACAGCAAUCUGCUCACCGAUCACGUGUCAGAAAACUUCAGCAUAUAGCUGAACUUGAAAGAACAGUUCAAGCUUUGCAGGCAGAAGGAUCUGAGCUCUCUGCUGAGCUAGAAUUUCUUGACCAACAAAAUAUUAUACUGAGCAUGGAGAAUAGAGCCCUGAGGCAGCGUUUGGAUAGCUUAUCACAAGAGCAGCUCAUAAAACAUUUGGAGCAAGAGAUGUUGGAGAGGGAACUUACAAGGUUACAAACUCUGUAUCAGAUGCAGAGGCAACAAAUGCAACAACAACAGCAUCAGCAGCCACAACAGCAGAAUCACUCUAAACACCGUCGAAAUAAAAGCAGAGAUCUUGAAGCCCAAUUUGCCAACCUCUCAAUCAAGAACAAUGAAGCCAGUUCCAGCAGAGUUCAGGUUACUGGUUCAGUCCGGAUGUAAAUGAGACUCGGCCUUUUUACAGCGCCAAGUGGAAUGUCUCAAUCUUUCCUUUUCCACUUAAAUAUCGGGAUUCAGUAUUACUAAAGAAAACUUUUAGAGUAAAAGAUGAUUGAAAAUUCUGCCCUGCCAUGUAUAUUCUUAGGCUUCUACUACAGCCUAGUCCUAACUGAACCAAUAAAUUGUGCAGAUGUGGAAGUGAGGUUUGCUGUAAAUUGUGACUAAGGUGACCAUCCAUUCUGCUUUCAAGUUUCACACAUGUAAACAUGUUCUGCAUAGUAGAGAUGGUUUUUGUAUUAAUGCAGAUUCCAAUAAAUUUCUUGCUUAUUGUUCAAACUU